AUGUAUAACCCGGAGUCGGUAUGUAUAACACGGAGCCGUUAUGUGAAACAACAAGCCCGCGACAAGCGUUCCAACGACCAUCCAAGUCUGACUUCGUACCAUACAGUAUUUGUUCGAGAGCACAACAGGAUCGCCAGUCGUCUUGGCUUACUGAACAAGGAAUGGACGGAUGAAAAGAUUUUCCAGGAAACGAGGAAGAUUGUAGCAGCAGAGAUACAGCAUAUAACGUUAAAUGAGAUGUUACCCUCGGUGCUAGAUAGCAGCAUUAUGUCACAGUAUGGACUGACGGACGUUUUCGCUUACAAUCCGACACAGGAUGCUUCAAUUUUUCAAGCAUUUUCAAUUGUUUACAGAUUUCAUAACAUGAUGCCCGCAGCUUUGCACUUUGCGGAGGAAUCUGGGUCUUCAUUCAUCAAUACUGGCGUUAAGAAUCAAGAGGAUGUUUUCCGGAAUCCAUCGUCUGUAUUUGAUCAUAACUAUCAUGGUAUAGACCAGAUAUCUCUUGGCCUGGCAGUAAAUAAAUGUCCUUACGUUAACAGAAUGAUGAACGAUGCUUCAAGAAAUAAGUUUUCUGGAGAGGUUGAUCUUGCAGCCUUAGACAUAGAGAGAGGUCGGGAAUGGGGCACACCUGCAUACACAAAGUACAGGUCUCUUUGUGGGCUUGGAGACGCCAAAGCAUGGUCUGAUCUCUUGUCGACACAUACACAGGAAACCAUUGACAGGCUUCAGUUAGUUUAUGCCGACCCUCGUGAUAUCGAUCUCUGGACGGGAAUUGUCAGCGAAACACUCCUCGGCACCUCCCUUUCCGGUCCAACACAAUCGUGUUUGAUUGGUAAACAAUUUGCAAACAUCAGAGAUGGUGACAGAUUCUGGUACGAGACUGCUGAUUCAACAACCGGGUUCACAUUAGAUCAGCUUACUGAGAUAAAGAAUGUGUCUUUGGGAAAGAUUCUAUGCGAUAACUUAGAUGUUUCACACAUGCCGGAGAAAGUGUUCAAAACCACAUCAGCAUGGCUUGACUGUAGUUCAUUUGCAGAGAUUGACCUUGCCGCGUGGAAGAGCGCCUGAAUUUAGUAGACAGAGAAGAACACUUAUAGACAUUCCUGUCUUUCGUUUUUCUUACCAAAAUUCUCUUGGCUGCUCAUUUAUUUACAUUCCAACCUGUUAACACAUAAAUUUGCAAGAUAUACGUAUUUAUACAUUUUACAAUCAAUAUACAAUCAGUAUGAUAUUACAAAUGUUGUGUUUCUU